GAUGCCUAUGAUAAAAGGGGGAGUUUGUUCCCCUCUUUUCAACUUUUAUUCCAUUUUCCCUUUUACUGAAAUUUCAGAUUUCAUUAUUUCUCCCCCCUUCCCCCGACAGCAAUUAGGAUUUGGGCUUUUGAUAAUGGCGUUAGAGGCUGUAGUUUACCCUCAAGACCCCUUUCCUUAUGUUUUCGACGAUUUCUCCACCGUGGGCGGCGGAGUUGGCUUUGACUUUUGUUUACAGAAUGAAGAUAAAACUCUUCUGGGGAUUCUUCAGCAACCCAAUCAUCAUGAUCUCCAUGCAAAUUGGGACUCUUCAUCCACUAACUCAACGAUGCAACACACUAAGGAUCAAUGGGAUCCUUAUUCUUCACCUGAAACUUGCACCGUUGAUCAAUCUCUCCCCGGCCCCAUAAGAUUCCCUCCAUUAAUGGAAACUCCGGCACCAGCAACGACGACCACCAACAGUAGGCGAAAACGUCGACGAACAAGGAGCAGCAAGAACAAAGAAGAGCUAGAGAAUCAGAGAAUGACUCAUAUUACCGUUGAACGUAAUCGCCGGAAACAAAUGAACCAGUACCUCGCUGCACUCAGAUCCUUGAUGCCGCCUUCAUAUGUUCAAAGGGGCGAUCAAGCGUCGAUAAUUGGCGGAGCCAUUGAUUUUGUUAAGGAAUUAGAGCAGCUGUUGAAGUCGAUGGAAGCUCAUAAGCGAACCACUCAACAACCGCAGCAUGAUGCUUAUUCUUCACCCUUUGCUGAGUUUUUCACCUUUCCACAGUUCUCAACUCGUGCAACUCAGUGCAACAGUAAUCAACAACAGCACAUGGCUGCGGCCACCGCGACGGCCGAAAGCGUGGCGGACAUAGAAGUGACUAUGGUGGAGAGCCAUGCAAACCUUAAGAUACUCUCCAAGAAACAACCCAGGCAGCUCUUAAAACUGGUUGCUGGUUUACAAGGCCUAAGGCUCGUCGUUCAACACCUCAAUGUCACAACCAUGAAUGAAAUGGCUCUUUAUUCAGUUAGUGUCAAGGUUAGAACAAAACAACCCAAUUUAUUUAACCCCUUUUCAUCUUUCAGUCGAAGAUAUACCCUUUUUUUAAAACAAAAAUCAAUGGAUGAAAACCAUGACAGGUAGAGGAAGGAUGCCAUUUGAGCACUGUGGAUGAAAUUGCAGCUGCUGUUAACCAAAUGCUAGUAAGACUCCUAGAAGAAACUGGUUUUUAGCUAAAUUUUGUGGCUCCAAAAAUGCCUGAAUCUAAAGGAUUCCAUAGUCCUUUGCUAUCAAGCUUCUUGCAACUUCCAAAUACUUCCUGUAAUUUGGAGACAUACAAUGUAGUAUUUACAGUGUUUUUUUUUUUUUUCCCCCUAAUUAAGAGAAGAAAUUGCAUGUUACAA